UUUAGCUGAAACAGUAUCCACGAGUCCAACUGAUGGCUUCCAAUGAUGGGGAAAAGGGGGCAUUUUACACAUGGAGUGAGGUGGCUUUCUUUCCUGUUCAGAUAUGUUUUUUUAUUUGUGUUUAUAUAGAGGCACACUAAGGAUAUGAAAUCGGGGCAAAGCACAUUAGUGAGGUGGAGUUGAAUCAAAACAAAUGGAUUCUGAAUUGUCAGUAGUACUAGUUAUUAGACUUCUCUUCUUCAACUUUCUUCUUCUCUGGCAACUUGGCAACGGGGCUAAAGUCAAUAAUGGCACUACAAACAUUAAAGCUAAUGGUGAUAACACUACAAUUGGUGCCCUUACAGAUGCUGAAGCACGUACUCUUCGACUCCUUUUCAAGAGUUUGCAGUCCAGGAACACAACGCAGUUCCCCCUAUCGUAUCCGAUUUGUUCUACCAACAUGGAUGCCGAGAUUCGAUGUUCUUGUGACAACACCAAAAACCGAUCAGCUUGUUGGGUCACUGCAAUAAACCUGGCAAGCAAAAUGUUGGAUGGGUUAAUUCACUCUUCAAUAAGUCUCUUUAAGAACUUGAGAGUACUGGACCUUUCAAGCAAUUUCUUAACCGGGUCUAUACCUCCUAGCCUGACAACGUUGCAGAGUCUGAGAAUUCUCAAUCUUGCAGACAACAAUCUUGAUGGUACCAUCCCUCUGAAUCUGUCAGGUUUACAAUCGCUUCGCUAUUUGGAUCUUUCAAGGAAUAAAUUGACUGGACCUAUACCAGACAGCAUAAGUGAUUGUCAAUACUUGAACAUCAUCAUUCUCCGCCUAAACUUCCUCAAUGGUACUAUACCUGAAGCUUUGGGCACACUAUCUUCCCUAAAUAUUCUGGAUCUUUACAGUAACUCGUUAUCAGGACAUAUUCCCGUUGAAUUAGGAGAACUGACUGUUCUUCAGUUUUUGAAUCUGGAUGACAAUAAUCUUGAUGGCGAACUUCCGGAGGAGCUUGGGAAUUUGGUCGAUCUUCAACACCUCUACUUGACAGCAAACAAAUUUACUGGGAGGAUCCCUGAGACUUUUGACAAACUUAUCCAUCUGGAAACCUUUGCAGUAGGUGGAAACUAUUUGUCUGGUCAGAUGCCUAGUUAUAUUGGAAAUUGGGUCAACCUCACUAAACUGAUUCUUAUAGGAAAUAAUUUUGAAGGGAAUCUGCCUGCAGAAACUUUUAGUCUGCCAAAAUUACAGAGAUUGUUGGUCAGUGACGUAAGUAAUCCUGGAAUAUCUUUCCCAAAACGUGAAGUAAUACCUGAAAGUUUGAUUUACUUGGUUCUGAGAAAUUGCAAAAUUAAUGGUUCAAUACCCGAAUACAUUGGCAAGUGGCCUGAAUUAUCAUACCUUGAUUUGAGCUUCAACAACUUAAGUGGUGGAGUUCCAGAAUCAUUUCAGAAACUGAAUAAGUUAUUUUUAACAAGCAACGAACUUACUAAGCUUCCUUCCUGGAUCACUAAGAAGCCGAAGCCAUCUUCCUAUCCUAAAGCAGAUCUCUCAUAUAAUAACUUCAAUGUGAAAUGUACAAAUGAAAAAUGCUCUGGAUUGGCAGCUGUAAACAUACUCCCGACUAGGUCAUUUAUUGAUAACAUGAAGACGGAAAAAUGCUAUCGAAAGCAUAAUUCCUUGUUUAUAAAUUGUGGUGGUGAGGAGCUUAACGUGGGAAAGGAUCAUUAUCACAACGACACCUCAACAUCAAGUUUUAAUCUCAGUCCAUCUGACGAUUGGGCUUAUAGCUUUUCUGGGGACUACCUCUGGGCAACAGUCAAUGCCAGUACUUUAGUAAGGAACUCAACAUGUAAAGAUUGUACUCCUGAGACAAAGAUAGAUAAUGAUUUUCGCCUUGCUCCGGUUUCUCUAAUGUAUUAUGGGCUCUGCUUACAUAAAGGCAAGUACAUUGUGACCCUUCAUUUUUCUGAAACAUUGUAUUCAAAGGGUGAAGAUCAUAGCAUAACAGGGAAACGGGUGUUUGAUGUUUAUAUUCAGGGACGGUUGGUGAAGAAAGAUCUCAACAUAAAGGAAAUCCCUGAACUACAAAAUGAAGUAAGAAAGCUAAAAUUCCCAGCUAAAAUAAAUGAAGGUUCGUUGGAGAUCAAGCUUUUCUGGGCAGGCAAAGGAUCUCUGUACAAUCCACCUGGUAUCAAUGGACCUCUCAUAGAAGCUAUUUCCGUCACUCGUGUUUCCAGAAAACUACAUCGUUGGGAAAUCGCGUUGAUUACAAUAGGCUGUCUUUUGUUUCUGAUGUUGUUGUUGGCGUUCUCUUUGAGAAUGGGCUGGAUAGGAGGCAGAAAAUUGCGCAGUGGGCACUAAGCAAAGCUAUCAAGAAUUGCGAGGUUGCCACCUGAAAACGGUACCUUUGAAGCCUGAGCGAUGUAUAUCUCAUCUACAAAAGGCAGCUCAUCAGCGUCAAGCAUGCAUGUUUGAAACCAUGAUCUCAAGAGUUUUUAUUAAUUGAUGUAAUAAUACAUUAGGAUGUUUGUUUUUCAUUGGUUUAAAAAAUUCAGAAAAAUAAAAACAAGAAACAAGAAAAUACUUCCCUUUGAUCUAAAUCGAUAUCUGAGAUUUUGUGACC